AUGGGCGUGGGCAGGCGGGGCGGGUGGGUGGAUGGCGUGUUGGAGGAGGCGGCUUGCAGCGUCAAUGCCUUCGCUGACGACGGUAGCUUCCUGGCACUACAGCUGGCUCGUGCUGACGUGGCGGGGCGAGGUGUGGGUGGAGGGGAGUCGGAGAAGCGGGUGGAGGUUGGGGAGGAGGCAAGGGAUGCAGAUGGUGGGAAGAGAGGAGCAGCAGGGGAGAGGGAGCGAAAUGCAGUAGGCAUUGGUGGGGCGGGAGGGAGGGCAGAGGGAGUAGGCGCAGGUGAUGGGGAGAAGGGUGAGAGGCGGGAGGGCGGUGGUGGACGGUGGAAAGAGGGGUGCGGGAGAGGAGGUGGAGAUAUCAUGGGGAGGGGGAGGGGGGAGGGCAUGGAGGGCGGUGGUGGGCGAGCGGGUGCAGCUGCUAUGUUUGCUGACGAUGCACGCGUGCAGGAGAUACGGGCAGAGGGGACAGCCAAUCAGAUGGCUGCAAAGGCCAUGCGGCUCAAGCUGAUGGGCAAGGCCGAGGAAGCUGACUGCUGGCAGGUGGGAGGGGCGCAGGUGGGAUGGGCGCAGGUGAGAUGGGCGCAGGUGGGAUGGGCGCAGGUGGGAUGGGCGCGAGUGGGAUGGGCGCAGGUGGGAUGGGCGCCAGUGGGAUGGGUGCAGGUGGGAUGGGCGCAUGUGGGAUCGGCACAGGUGGGAUGGGCGCAAGUGGGAUGGGCGCAGGUGGGAUGGGCGCAGGUGGGAUGGGCGCAGGUGGGAUGGGGCGAGUGGAGAAUGCGUGCAGCAGCGGCCAAGUCCCAGCCCCCUCCACCAGCACCACCGCCCGCGCUGCUGGCUGCACCGGCCACAUCCAAACUGGAGCCCCGGGCCCUUGGGGAGGGCGGGGUGGACGUACAAGGGGAGGCGGGGGAGGGGGAGGGGGAGGGGGAGGGGCGGAAGGAGGUGGUGCAGUUGCCACUGGUGGAUGGCAGGGGGCGCUACCUGCCAGCUGUCAUGGCGGCACGGGAGGGGCGGGACGAGGUGCAGGCAGGGCGGCGGGAGAAGCGUGUGGAGCGAUACGAUGUGGAGGGGGGCACGGGGCAGCUGGCGAGGUACUUUGCGGACGAUGACGGGGCGUCGUUGCGGCAGCUGGUGGCGGCGGAGUGGGCGGGCGGCGCGCACGACCUGAGCAGCUGGGACCGGCGCGUGGCGGCGGGCAUUGGGCGGGCGGGGCGACGGUACAAGGGGCCAGUGGAGGUGGUUGUUGAGUACGCCUGGGAUGACGGGCUGCACGCAGGGGGGGGCGGAGGGGGGCGGAAGAAGGGCAGGGCGUCACAGCAGCAGAGGGAGAAGGCGGGGCAGGUGGGAGAGUUGAGGCGGCAGGCAGCGGUGCAGCAGUGCAUCAACAGCCCCGCCCUCCCGCGCCACCUCGUGCUGUCUGUUGCCGCCCACAGCUACCUCAUGCUGCCGCCCGGCAGCUCGCUGCUGCCCAACCACGUGCUCAUCGUGCCCUCUGAGCACGAGGGCAGCAUGCGAGUGGUGGAGGAGGCGGUGUGGGAGGAGGUGCGCAACUUUAAGAAGUGCCUCACGCACAUGGCCAUGGCCUCAGAGGAGGGCGCGAGGGCGUUGGACGAGGCGGAGAGUGAGUUGUGCGAGCAGCACAGCAAGCGCAUCAUCGACACGCGUGCCAUCAGGGGCAGGCUGCGCGGCGCCAUCCCGCCCAACUUCCCCUACUUCCACGUCGAGUUCGGCCUCCAGGCGGUCGAAUUAGGGGUACCAACAGACAAAACCAGCAGCCAUGACCACGUGGCCUCAUCCCCUGACAGGCCCCCUUCAACCCACCUGCUCCACAUUGCUGCUCAUCCCAUCCCUCCCCCUCCCUGGGAGGGCGGGUAUUGGCAUAUGAUUGACGACGAGAGCUCCUUCAAGCCGUCGUUCGGCCGCGAUGUGAUCGCCGGCAUGAUGGAGAUGGACCCUGAGCGGUUCGGAGGGAGAGCGCGCGCCAGAGGGGGGCGGGGAGAGGUGGGGUCGCGCCUACAGGAGGUGUAG